UAACUGAGAGAAAGUCAAGUUCCUGUUGGGAUAUUUUUAAUUUGGGGACUUUUCUACACUUUUUAAUCUGCUUAGCGUAUAACAAAGCAAUAUUAGAGUGCACAUACGUGCAAUUUUUGACGUAAAUGUUCUCUUCCCUUCGAUUUAGAUAUAUUUUAAGAAAAGCGUUUCUUACAAGGAAACAGAUACGUGGACUAGUCAGAAAUCGCUCCAAAGGUUCUCCUGACGGCAGACACGGAGAGCACGAGGACACAGCAGACCGCUUUCAGGAAACUCACACCAGUAACUUUAGCCUGCGACACUUCUCUAACGCUACAGAAUUCAGCAUGAAGAAGCUAUUUGUGGACGUGGACUGUGGUGUGGAUGAUGCUCAGGCUAUCAUGAUGGCUUUGGCAGUGCCUGGUGUGCAGAUCCUGGGCAUCAGCUGCGUUCAUGGCAACACAUCAGUGGAGAAUGUCUGCAAGAACGUCCUGCGUAUUCUCAAAGUCUGUAAGCAUCUGGAGAUUCCUGUGUUUCGUGGAGCAAAUAAACCUCUACUGGGACAGGUGGUCGGCACUGGAGAUUUUCAUGGUAAAGAUGGGCUGGGGGACGCACCGGACCCUGAAGCUCCUGGUCUGGAUCUUGUCCAGAAGGAAGGCGCAGUAUCUGCAAUGAUCCGAAUAGUCAAUGAAAACCCUGGAGAGGUCUCUUUAGUGGCCACGGCUCCACUGACCAAUGUGGCUUUGGCAGUCAAACUCGACCCCUCAUUACCACAAAAACUUAAAGGCCUUUACAUUAUGGGUGGCAAUACUGACUCUCGAGGAAACACCACUAUGUGUGGAGAGUUCAACUUUGCAGCUGAUCCUGAAGCAGCUUAUAUUGUUCUCAAUGAAUUUGUUUGCCCGGUUUACAUUGCAGCUUGGGAGUUCACCUGCCACAGUAAAUUACCCUGGGAGUUCUGUGAUGGGUGGCUGGCGCAGGACACAGAUAAAGCUCGCUUCAUGAAGCAGAUCUUCCAGCACAGCAUGAAGAACAGCCACAGCGAGAGGAUCGAGAAGGAGCUGGUGGCAGGACAGGGUUUCAUCUCCUGCGACUCUUACGCCAUGGCGGCGGCCAUUGAUGGCACCAUCAUCCUAGAAAGUGAGCAGAGAGCUGUGACGGUGGAGCUGGCAGGAAACUGCUGCCGUGGGAUGAUGGUGGUGGAUCAUCUGGAUCUCCUUAAGAAGACUCACAAAGUCCACAUCCUCAAGAAGGUUGACUUAGAGAGGUUUAAAGAGCUCCUGAUGAACUCUUUAAAAUAGUGCUGACAUCCAUAGCCAUAUAUAUUAUUAUAUACAAGUUGAUAAUCAAUUGCUAUUGGCUGUAUUAUGUGAUUAUAAAAUCAUGAUGACUGAAAACCAUUCCCGCAUAGCUGGUUUAGAUUAAAAAAAAAAAAUGUUUGUUACAAGUUAUAUGAAGCACAUUUUUAUAAUUAAAAUACUACUGGUUUAA